AUGGACAUUCGCAAAACAAACACGAAAAUAUAUCCGUACACCGCAGACACACCUAUUGAUUUUCUAGGUGAAUUUAGCACAGUGGUAGAGUCAACCAACAAGUUUGUCCUUGCAAACUUUCUCGUUGUGCAGCGUGGUCCAGGUCCCACCACCGAAUAUACCACAGGGGUAGAGCUUGGAAUUGUCAACAUCACAUGCAGUAUUCCACAAAAGCCCAUGACAGAUAUUGCUGAGAAAUACGCCGACGUGUUUAAAGGGCUUGGCCAGAUGAAAAAUGUCACAGUAAAGUUGCACAUCGAUCCUGCAGUUCAGCCUGUCAAUCAAGUUCACCGACGUAUACCAUUUCACCAAAGACCCAUAGUUGAACUAUGCAUAGAUAAAAUGUUGAAAGAUGGUGUCAUCGAACAUGCACCUGGACCGCACACAUGGAUCAACCCUAUAAUUUUAGUUCCCAAGAGUAAUACGGUAAUAAAGCACGAAUGGUCGUGGAUAUGCGAGAAGCCAACAAAGCCAUUGGACGCGAACGGCACCUAA